AGUCAAAGGCAUGGCGUCCGCAAAUGAAGUGAUUAUCGCUUUGUCAAUGGUUUGCUUCUUUCGUACUGUUCACGCUGCACCAAAUGCAACAAACUUUGAGUCAUCGAGCCUUCCGUAUGAUCCUCGAUUGCACCCGAGUGUUGGUAAUGGAUAUUUGGCCACUACAGUUUACAGCGACACGGUUUACGUGUCUGGGAUCUUCAACGGGAGGGGGACACAAAGCCCGAGUCACAGAGCGAGAAUUCCUUCGACGUCGGCGAUCGUCGUACGAACCAAUAUCUCCUCUAAUGCCACUGACGAGCUCUUCAGCCUCAAUGUGGCAGAAGGAGUGUUCUAUCACCGGCUACACAUAGAUAACUUCACCUUGGAACAGCGAAUUUAUGCUCAUCGCGUUUAUCAGCAUUUGCUUGUCACGGAGAUAGCCUGGCAAAACAACAUGCAUGACACAGUCAGUUUGUUUAUGAGCAAUGUAUAUGGACCGCCGAGCGUUGAUAUUGAUUUCAAAAGAGGCGAUUUUUCGCGUCAAUCUCGGGAUGACCCCAAGAUCAAUUCCAUGUCUGGGUACAUUAAGAUAACAGAGGAGCCGAUCAGUCCGAGGGAGGGGGUGGCGGUUGUUUGGGGAGAUAUACCCCCCCGUUUAGACAUCCCUCCUUCCUCGAAGACUCAAACCUAUUACUUCAUCACGGCAAUAGCGACCAGUUUAGACGCCAAGGAUUUCUUGACAAGCGCCCACCAGGCUUAUACGGAGGCUAUGGAACAACCGGAAACACUCCUCGAGAGUCACAUUCAGGCUUGGAAAGAAGUUUGGGACGCUGGAAGCAUUGAAGUGGAAGGCAAUCUUACACUGGCCCAGUCAGUUUCCGGGAGUCUUUAUUACACACUUAGCUCCCUUCGUCCCUCGAGGAUAUUCGGUCUGAGUCCCGGAGGCCUGGCUACUGAUGGUUAUGAUGGUCACGUGUUCUGGGAUCAGGAGACGUGGAUGUUUCCCCCGCUUCUCCUUUUACACCAAGAUUUGGCGCGGACGUGUCUCGCCUACAGGUUUGAGCGACUCCAGGCAGCUGAAGAAAAGGCCAAGAAAUAUGGAUUCCAAGGAGCUAUGUUCCCAUGGGAAAGUGCCGUAACUGGUUCAGAGGUGUGCCCCGGGGAGAUUUAUUCCGAUUACGAGCAGCACAUCACGGGCGACAUUGCAUUCGCAGUCAGGCAGUUGUGGAUGGCAUCAGGAGAUCAACAAUGGCUUCAGCACCAGGCCUUUCCCCUCAUUCGAGCCACUGCGGAAUUCUGGGCGAGUCGCGCGACCUAUAACGACUCUAAAAGAGGUUACGUCAUCUACAACGUUAUGCCACCGGACGAAGAUGCUGAGGUAGUGAAUAAUUCGGCCUACACAAACACGAUCGCGAAACUAAAUCUCGAAUUCGCCUACGAGGUCCUACCGAAUGCCUCCGAAAAGUGGAAAACGAUAGCACAGAAUAUGUACAUACCGUUUGAUUCUACAAACGACUAUCAUCCCGAGUACGAUGGGUACCGAGGGAUCGAAGUUAAACAAGCCGACGUAAUUCUACUCGGAUAUCCACUAAUGGUAAACAUGAGCUUACAGUUACGACAAAAUGAUCUGAGUUUCUACGAGCCCAGGACGAAUCCGCGGGGGCCCGCCAUGACCAAAUCUAUGUUCGCUAUUAACUGGUUGGAUAUCGGGGAAAAUUCUAAAGCGGAGAAGUCAUUCAAUGCUAGCUACGUAAACGCGAAGGUUCCCUUCAUGGUUUGGACCGAGGGAGCGGACGGUGGAGGUGCUGUGAACUUCAUCACAGGAGCAGGUGGAUUUCUUCAAUCCAUUCUGUCCGGUUAUGGCGGACUGCGUCUACGCAAUGAAAGACAACUUCAAUUCAACCCCAAGCUUCCACCCGGGUGCACGGGAUUAAAUUUCGUUGGAAUCGAUUACCAUGGAAACAGCAUAGACUUUGUGGUUGGUUCAUCGCAUUCGCAGAUUAUCGUUACAGCACGUCAAGAAUCAGCCCCUGUUCUCCAGUUGACUGUUCUCAGUUCACAGGAGAAGUAUCGUUUAAAGAUUAGGGAGAAAAUUAAAGUGUCCAAUGAACCAAUCAUUAUAAACCCUCUCAACACCAACGAAGUAAUCUGGUAACAAGUUUUCGUGAACACAAUAUUGACUUGAACAGUCAACGGAUCCUUCCUUGAAUUAUCAAAUGGAGAUCACAUACACCAGGAAGCAACAGUUUCAUAGCAGGAUUUCGCCAAGACAAUUUUAUCCUAAAUGCUUAUUAGAGGAUAAGCUGAGUUCCACGCGUAAUAUGAUCGAUUCUUACUUAUGCUCUAAUGGAGCACAGUCGCAUAGAUGAUAUCACCGCUGAUAUUUUGUUUAUGAUCAUAUAUAACAAAUAGAUAUUCCAUGAUGCCGCGGGUCUGUACAAUAACAGAUCAUAGAAGACGGGAAAAUGUGAUAAGAACAUCCGUGACGCAUUCGGCUGCGCCUCUGCGACACUUUUUUGUUCUUACUACAUUUUGACGUCAUCGGUCAUCUACUACUUAUCAGACGUUCGGCAACGUGAAAUUUAUUUGUUAAAAAUUUCACGGGCUUGUUCUUGG